AUGAGAGCUGGAUCUGUGCUUGCUUCUCCUUCUCGAUGUUUUGCAACUUUACUAUACAAGUGCCUCAAUUCUAUUAAGAAGGGUACUUCCAAGGAGAUCGUUUUGGCUUCUCAUGCUCUUGUUUAUUGCACUGCUCGUGCCGUGCCAAUUGUCGGAAUAGGAGCUUUUCUGUGGCGGGUGGGCCGAGUUAUAGUACACAACAACGUAAGAUUGAGGUUUUGUGUGUCCUCAGUGAGAGUACCCAUUGGCUUGAAGAGCGAAAGUAAGGCGGCAGAUUCAGGCCCUGCAAAUGACGUAGAUCUGGAGGGUGGACAAGAGGCCGUGGGGAGAAGGUCGAACCCAAACUGGUUGCCAAUUUUCCCCUGGAGCAUCAUGAUCUUUACCGGAAGACAAUCCCCAGGUUUGAAUAGAAAUAAUGAUGCCACCAAAUUUUACCAUGUGGAUAAACCUAAUGAUAAUGGGAUUUAA